AUGCACUCAUGUCUCUGGCUGUUAUUGGGCGAUUUUAAUAGUGUCCUCAGUGUGGAGGAAAAGAGAAAUGGAGUCCCCCCUUCAGAAUAUGAGAUGAAAGACUUUAGAGAGUGUUGCAGUGAGGUUGGGUUAUCUGACCUUAACUUUUCUGGGAGUUUGCUCACCUGGAACAACGACAGUGUCUGGUGUAAAUUGGAUUGGGUAAUGGUGAACCAGGAAUGGCUAAUGAAAGUGGGCAUGGUCUCAUUGCUUGCAGGGCUGGAGCAGGAUAUAGUCCCCUUCAAGUUUUAUAAUAUGUGGACUAACCAUGAGGACUUUCAAAAGAUAGUUGAGGAGGUAUGGAUGGGCCAUUAUGAUGGAUGUUCUCAAUUCUAUCUGGCAAGAAAACUUCAAUCACUUAAGAAACCCCUGAAGGCAUUGAAUAACCUGCAUUUCUCUCAUAUUACUUCUAGGGCUGAAAGAGCAAGUAAUGAGCUCUUAGAGUUACAAGAGAAAUUGCAUGACUCCCCCACUUGCCCUGAGCUGCAAAGGUUGUUGGGGGAUAAGAGGAAGGAAGCAGUUAGGUUAGAAGAGGCCAACAAAUUAUUUAUGACACAGGAGAUUAGGGAUGCCCUUUUUAGCAUUGAGGAUGGAAAAUCUCUUGGCCCUUAUGGCUAUUCAGCUGGUUUCUUCAAGAAGGCCUGGUCCAUAGUAGGGAUGGAUGUCACCAAUGCUGUUAAAGAAUUUUUCAAUAGUGGUAGAUUGUUGAAGCAAUUUAAUCAUACCAUUAUUGCCCUAGUUCGUAAAGUUUCCCAUGCCAACUCAGUGAGUGGUUAUAGACCCAUUUCAUGCUGCAAUGUAAUAUAUAAGAUUAUCUCUAAGAUCUUGGCAGCCAGAAUCAAGCCUUGCCUGGUGGACCUUAUAAACCUGGCUCAAGCUGCCUUUAUUCAAGGGAGGAGUGGCUCGGGAUUUGCAGCUAACUCCCUAAAAUCAAAUCUGUUCCAAGCAAGGAUUAAGGAUCAGGAACUUGGGAAGAUUCUGAAUUUAACUGGUAUGUGCUUCGGUGAAUUCCCAAUUCGAUACUUAGGUGUUCCUCUGCUUUCUUCUAGGUUGACAUAUUUGCAUUACAGUCCCUUGGUGAAUCGUAUAUCAGACUUGUUGAAGGUAUGGCCAAGGAAUACCCUCUCAUAUGUAGAAAAGUUGGAGAUUAUUAAUUCAAUCAUUCGAGGGGUGGAAUGCUUUUGGCUUGCCAUUUUUCCCAUCCCCUUGAAUGUGCUAAAUGAGAUUGUGAAGCUAUGUAGGGUCUUCUUGUGGAAUGGAAGAAGGAAACCACUAGUAGCUUGGCAGGAUAUCUGUCUCCCUAAGGAUGAAGGAGGACUCGGGGUUGUUGAUUUGAAAUCCUGGAAUAUGGCCUUAUUGACUAGAGCCCUUUGGAACAUACAUGCCAAGAAAGAUUCCUUAUGGGCUAAGUGGAUUCACCAUAACUAUUUAAGCAAUUGUAGCAUAUCGGAGGUUACAGCAAAGAAGGAGGACUCUAACUUGUUCAAGAAACUGCUGGAGAUUCGAGAUCAGCUAGUGGAAAAAUCUGGAGGUGUGGAAAGAGCUUCUCUACUACUGGAAGAGUGGGAAUGUAACUCCCAUAGAUGCUAUGAUUUUUGGAGAGAAAGAAAACAUAAAAUUCCCUGGGUUAGGGAAGUAUGGUUCAAUGGAACCCAGCCAAAACAAGCCUUCUGUCUCUGGCUGGCAGUGAAGGAAAGACUCCCUACAUGUGAUAAGCUGGUGGGGGUCGAAACUGAAAUGGAAUGUACCUUUUGUAAAGCUGAAACUGAAACUAUGGAUCAUAUCUUUUUUAAAUGUAACUUUUCAAAUGAGGUUUGGAAGAUCAUUAAAGAAUGGUUGGGCUUAAAGAGGGGUACGACAACCAUAAAGGCUGCUGUGAAAUGGAAGCAUAAGGAAGCUAAAGGAAACAACAUUGUAUCUACAGGGAAGAAAAUUGGCUUGGCUGUAACCAUGAUGGAUUUAGGAAGUAGCAGUACGAAUGCUGGGAGGGAUGGAGCAGGACCUUCUAGUAUGGGAGGUGCCGAUACCGAUGCAGUAUUGCGCAGCGUCACCUAG